AUGCCUCAUUGGGACGACAAUUCGCUACAAAACUACACAGGAUGGUUCCACUCUAACGACGAAAAGUUGAACAGAGUUUGGUAUGCAGGUGCAUACACGAAUCAAAUGGUGACCAUCGACCCCACACGAGGAGACACACUCAUCUACCUCGGAGAAAUCACCUCCAACUCCACUGUGACUGAGCCGCUCGACUGGUGGCUGAACACUACGAUCACCAAGGGUGCUUCCGCUCUUACUGACGGCGCAAAGCGUGACCGUCUCGUUUGGAGCGGGGACAUGGCAAUCGCGGUUCCCGGCAUCGCCGUCACGACGUCCGACUACAUCUCCAUCAGCAACGCGCUCGACUCCCUCUACCGAGCUCGGCAUCACAUCGUUCACCUACCACCUCUACGCGCUCAUCGCUACCACUGGACCGGGGACCGCGCCUACCUGGACGACAAGUGGAACGCGUUCAAGGCUGGCUUGGAGUGGGCGGCCGUGCAGAUCGACGGGAGCGGUCUCGCGAACGUCACCGCCUCCGCCGACUGGCUUCGUUUCGGAAUGGGCGGACACAACAUCGAAGCCAACGCCAUCCUGUUCUACACACUCAACCUCGGCGUGACCCUUGCAAUGCUUCAAGGCGAAACCGACGUGGCCAGUCGAUGGGAGAGCCUCGCGGCCGGGAUCCAGACCUCCGCUGUUCCCCUCCUCUGGCAAGAGGAUGUAGGGCUGUUCAGGGACAACGAGACGACCACGCUUGCGCCUCAGGACGGCAACGCAUGGGCUGUCAAGUCCGGCCUUGUCACAGACCCCGCACAGAUCGCGAAGAUCUCCUCGUCGCUCGAGGAGCGCUGGACUCCAUACGGUGCACCCGCGCCUGAGGCCGCCGACGCGAUCUCACCGUUCAUCACCGGCUUCGAGCUGGACGUGCACUUCGCCGCGAACCGGACCGCAACCGCGCUGGAGCUCGUGCGAUACAUGUGGGCGGACUUCAUGCUGGACGACCCGCGGAUGACGAACAGCACGUUCAUCGAGGGAUACUCGACCACGGGCGAGUUGCACUACGCCCCAUACGUGAACGACCCACGUAUCUCGCAUGCGCACGGAUGGGCGACAGGCCCGACGAGCUCGCUCACGAUGUACGUCGCCGGCAUCCAGAUCUUGAGUGACGCUGGGGCGACGUGGGCGAUCGUCCCGCAAGCAGGCGACCUCACCUUCGCCGACGCAGGCUUCCAGACGGCGCGGGGCUUGUUCUCGUCGAAGUGGUCGGUGGAGAACAACACGUUCACGCUGUCGAUCAGGAUGCUCGCACGACUCAUCCUCGUUGCCGCUUUUGCGGCUGGCGUCGCCGCCGUUCCUUACCAAGAAUACAUCCUCGCUCCGUCAUCGCGCACCGUCCGGCCCGUCAGCAUCUUCCAGACCGAUGGCCCAUCGACCACCCCCGAGGCCCUUCUGGACGGUAACAUCGGCUCCGGCGGGAAUCUUACCCUCAAUGCGUUCAAUGCCUCCGUCACCUACGACUUUGGCAAGAACAUCGCUGGUUGGGUCAGCGUAAACGUCACCUCGUCCUCCGGCAGCGUCGGUUUCACCUACACCGAGAGCUCGCUCUGGGUGUCGUCCUGGGCCUGCGAUUCUAUCUUCGACCAAGGGCCGGACGAGCCUCUCAUUUUCAACGUCACCGCUCCGGGAAUAUUCUCAGCGCCGAAUGAAAAGGAGCGUGGAGGAUUCCGUUACCUCACCGUGGUCAACUUCGGCCAGGGCAAUCUCACCAUCGACGAUCUAUGGGUGGAUUUCUCUGCAAUGCCCCACUGGGACGACCUGCAGAACUACACGGGGUGGUUCCAUUCUGAUGACGAGAAGCUCAAUCGGGUCUGGUAUGCAGGCGCAUACACCGACCAACUGGUUACCAUCGCCUCAACGCGCGGUGACGCCAUUACUGCCGGAGCGUCCGGGGGCGUACUCAACGCAAAUGGCACUGUCACUUGGUUUUUCAACACGACGAUUGCUAAUGGAACGUCGGUCCUCACCGAUGGCGCGAAGCGCGACCGCCUUGUGUGGGCGGGCGACAUGUCCAUAGCAAUCCCCAGCAUCGCUGUCUCCACUUACGACCUUCCAUCCGUUCUUAACGCUCUCGAUUCACUGCUUUCACUCCAAGGCACAGACGGCACGUUCCCGUACGCCGGCAUACCGUUUGGCCCUACUCAAGCCAUAUCCUUCACGUAUCACCUCCAUGCACUAAUCAACCUCUCCAACUACUAUCAAUGGUCUGGAGACCGGGCAUUCCUCGACCGCAUCUGGGACGCCUGGAAAUUGGGCAUGUCAUGGGCCACCGCACAGAUCGACGAUAGCGGACUCGCCGACGUCUCCUCCUCCGAAGACUGGCUGCGGUUCUACAUGGGCGGUCACAACAUCGAAGCGAACGCCAUUCUCUUCCACACCCUCAACCUCGGCGCCGCCCUCGCAGCGGUCGAAGACGACCCUGACACCGCCGCAUCCUACACCUCCCUCGCCACCGGCAUCCAAUCUGCCGCGCAGUCCCUCCUGUGGCAGCCCUCCGUCGGGCUCUUCAAAGACAACGACACCUCGACCACGCUCGCGCCCCAAGACGGCAACGCCUGGGCCGUCUACUCCGGGCUCGUCACCUCUCCCUCCCAAGCGUCCACGAUCUCCGCCGCGCUCCAGGCCCGCUGGACCGCCUGGGGCGCGCCCGCGCCCGAGGCCGCCGACGCGGUCUCGCCCUUCGCGUCCGGCUUCGAGCUCGACGCGCACUUCCUCGCGAACCGCACCGCCGCUGCCCUCGCGCUCGUCCGCAGCAUGUGGGCGGACGUGAUGCUCGACGACCCGCGGAUGACGAACAGCACGUUCAUCGAGGGCUACUCCGCGACCGGCGAGAUCCACUACCCGCCCUACGCGACCGACUCCCGCAUCUCCUUCGCCCACGGCUGGGCCUCGGGCCCCACCGGCUCGCUGACCAUCCUCACCGCCGCGGGUGCGACCUGGUCCAUCGCGCCUCAACCAGACGACCUCUCCACGGUCGAUGCCGCGCUCGCGACGACGCUCGGGCAGUUCUCCGUGCUCUACUUUUCCACCACGACCUCGCUCGUCAUCCAAAUCAACACGCCCGUGGGGACGACGGGCUCGGUCGGCCUCCCUUUCCCGGGCAACGCCACCAGCGCGACGCUCACCCGCUCGGACGCGGGUGGGGCGCCCCCCGCGACGGUGGACGCGGACGCGUUCGGCCGACACUGGCUGCGGGACGUCGCGGGCGGGGAGUACGAGUUCACUCUGAGCGUUCCGUAG